AUGCAUCUUAUUCGAUCUCCAACAUUAACAUUUGCACUUAUAUUCACCAUAUUUUCAAUUGUUUUAAUGAUUGCAACACUUAUUCUUAUUAUACAUGAACAUUCAAAAAAUUAUCUUCAACUUUUAGUCGUAUGUCCACCAUUAAAUUGUAUAUUUCUAUUUUUAUUUUCUGUUACAUGGAUUGAACGUCGUUUUCGUUUAUCUUAUAUUCCAUUUUUAUGUUUACUUAUUUUAACGAUAUCAUGCUUAACAUUAACAAUAAUAUCAAGUUUAUUUUUUUCAUUAUCAAUAAUUCUUUAUUUAAAUUUUAUUUACUAUUGUUUUCUUACAAUUCUAUUUCUAUCAAUAAUUAUUACAACUAUUGCAGCCUAUUCCUAUGGUUCAUUAUUUAUUCAUCGUUAUCGUAAUAUGAUGACACUCGAACAGCAAAAUAGUGAAAUAUCAAAAGAUGUUGAACGUCUUAGCAUAGAUAAACUUUUAUUGAAAUCUACAAAUAAUAAUGAAUUAAUAUUAUACAUGUCAAAGCUGCCGGGCCGUCGUAUUCGUCAUGAUAUACGUAAUAUAGAAGAUGAUUUAAAUCAAAUUCAAGUUCAUACAAUCAUAACAUUAAAUGAACCAAAAGAAUUAUCAUUUAUGAAUAUGAUAAAUAAAAAUAUCUACAACAUGGACAUAUAUUCGAUGCAUGUAAAACGAGCUAAUAUUCAACAUAUUAUAUAUCCCAUACGUGAUCGUUUUAUACCAAAAUCUAUUAGUGAUUAUAUACAAUUUAUAUACAGUGUUAUAAUAAAUGCAAAUCGUGUCAAUUAUAAUCGUAUACUUGUACAUUGUAUGGGUGGAAUGGGACGAACAGGGAUGACUGUUGUUUGCUUAGAACUUGUCCAUGAAUAUAUUAUGAAAACAACUGAUGAACAAGAAGAAAAGACAACUUUAAUAGAACGUUUUUGUCACUAUCCAUUUCUACUAGAAAAUUAUUGUCGAGUAUGUCAAGCAAUUUUAAAUGUAAGAAAAGCACGACGAGGAACAAUACAUAAUCCAUUACAGAUCAUGUUCGUUCACGAGUUUUAUGCUCGUUUAACUUCUCCUACGUAUAUGCGUCAAAUCAAAAAAAAUUUUGAACUUCACGAAAGACUUCUCGAAAAUGAUCAUCGCGAGUUGCAUCAAUCGAAUAAAAGACAAGUGUGA